AUGGCUGACGUCCAAGCCUUCCCUUGCUCAAUAUCCCUUUCCAUCCCCUUCCCCACCCCUCGCCUCGCCUCCAUAGCUCUAUCCGCCAUCUCCCGGCCCCGACGACGCCCGGGGUCCGUCCUCGAGGUCGAGUACCGCGCCACCACCAACCGCAUGCUCCGCGUCGCCACCAACUCCUUUAUGGAAAGCCUGAGCCUGGUCCUCGAAGUCAUGGAGAAGAUGGACGUCCCCGCCCUCGUCCCCAAGACUAGCGACCCAUUGCCGCUCGCUACCGCUGCUGUCACUGGGAGUUGA